UGGGGCUGGGGUUAAGGGAUGCUGACUGGCAGGGGCAUUAGCUUUUGGCGUAGGUGGUGUAGGCCCUCACCUGGGAAGCACUUGGUAGGAUCUGGGUGAGAAGGGCACGGGGAAGGGCGCGGGGAUUGUCUACUUUGGAGAAGAAGAUCCCUGGAUUUCCCAGCCCAGAUUCCCAACCAGCUUAUUGCCCUCUGCCUCACCGACCUUUGCCCCCUGGGCUCAGGAAGGGGCGGAUGCCUGUGACAAGAACCCUUCUCUUCUUCCUUUCAAGAGAGCCUGAAGGCUCUCCCUGCUUGAGGGUUCUGUUGGGGAAGCUGGAUGGGCCUGGUCCACGAAGAGUUAAAAGCCUGUGUUGGGGUGCUACCUGGUGAUGGGGUGGAUUUUUGGCCCAGACAGGGUGGAGAGUGGGAGGGAGGUCUGAGACAUGGCGUGGGUAGCUCUUAGGUAGCUGUUAGGGGUCAGGGUGAAGUUUUGAGGGGAUGGGAAGCGGUGAGAUACCCAGGACCUGAAUUCCCAGCCUGGCCAACCCUUGCAGCCACAGUCUGCCCUCAAGAGGAGCAGGGGCUCCUUGAGGCCAGCAGGGUUGGGGGAGUUGGAGUGGCCUGAGGCUCUUUUCCUGCUAGAGCCCUGGUCCCCCUGCCUCCACCAUCCCAUUGCUGCUGUAUAGAACCCCUGGGUGCUGAAUGUCAGGAGCCCCGGGGUGUCCCCUCUGGGUAUGGCUGGCUGGGUCACUAACCUCUGUGACCUGCUUCCUCCCCCUGCAGAUCAUGCGGAUCAAACCUCACCAAAGCCAGCACAUAGGCGAGAUGAGCUUCCUACAGCACAGCAAAUGUGAAUGCAGACCAAAGAAAGAUAAAGCAAGACCAGAAAAAAAAUCAGUUCGAGGAAAGGGAAAGGGGCAAAAACGAAAGCGCAAGAAAUCCCGGUUUAAAUCCUGGAGCGUUCACUGUGGGCCUUGCUCAGAGCGGAGAAAGCAUUUGUUUGUCCAAGAUCCGCAGACGUGUAAAUGUUCCUGCAAAAACACAGACUCACGUUGCAAGGCGAGGCAGCUUGAGUUAAACGAACGUACUUGCAGAUGUGACAAGCCACGGCGGUGAGCCAGGCUGCAGGAAGGAGCCUCCCUCAGGGUUUCGGGAACCAGACCUCUCACUAAAGAAAGACCGACUAACCAUGUCGCUGCCACCACACCUUCAUCAAUGUCAACAUCGCCAUCAGCAGAACAGUCCUUAAUCCAGAAAACCGACAUGAAGGAACAGGAGACUGCGCAGAGCACUUUGGGUCCGGAGGGCGAGACUCCGGAGGAAGCCGGGCGGGUGACCAGGCACGGUCCCUCGUGGAAUUGGAUUUGUCAUGUUCUUUUUUCUUGCUGCUAAAUCACCAAGCCCGGAAGAUUAGAGAGUUUUAUUUCUGGGAUUCCUGUAGACACACCCACCCACAUAAUACAUUUAUAUAUAUAUAUAUUAUAUAUAUAAAUAAAUAUAUAUAUUUUAUAUAUAUAAAAUAUAUAUAUAUUCUUUUUUUUUUUUAAAUUAACUUUGCUAAUGUUAUUGGUGUCUUCACUGGAUGUAUUUGACUGCUGUGGACAUGAGUUGGGAGGAGAAUGUCCCUACUCAGAGCCUGACAGGGGAGAAGACAGGAUGAGAGACUGGCAUGCUCUUCUGUCCCUCUUAGGGAGGCCAAGGUCUUCUCCUCUGCUAGGGAACCGUGCAAGGCCAGGGUGCGGGGGCACAUUUGGCUCACUUCCAGAAACACCGACAAACCCGGCCCUGGCCCUGAGCCUCCACCCUGAGUCAAAUGGACGGAAAGACAGAAACAGAGACAAGGACGCUGGCUCCACCCGGGAGUUUGGGGAGCCUCAGGACAGAGCGUGCUUUGCUGACCUCCCGCCACAUGCUGCAAGGGCAUCUCGCCCCUAGGGACAGACGCUGCCUGGAAGAAUCAAGAACCUGGGCACCUUAGUCUGCCCCCACCUGCUUCUGGGCUGCCAAGGAGGCCUUCCACGGGCAUCCUGGCAAAGAGAAGAGACAUUGGAGAAGCCACCUGGUGACAGACAGCUCCUCCUCCUGGCACCCCCCCGCCCCCUCCUUCCCAGGUAUAGCCCAGGAGGACCUCAUGUGCUGAGACCAUUGAAAACCACUAAGUAGUUCUGUCGCCAGGAGACCUGGCUGUGUGUGUGAGUGGCUAACCCUUCCCCAACCCACCCCUUCCCGAGGCGCAGAGCGAUGGGGCAGGACCCACGUGCCCCUCAUGGAGGCAGAGAAAGGCAGAGAAAGUGUUUUAUAUACGGUACUUAUUUAAUAUCCCUUUUUAAUUAGAAAUUAAAACAGUUAAUUUAAUUAAAGAGUAGGGUUUUUUUCAGUAUUCUUGGUUAAUAUUUAAUUUCAACUAUUUAUGAGAUGUUUCUCGCUCUCUCUCGCUCUUAUUUGUGUGUGUGUGUGUGUGUGUGUGUGUGUGUGUGUGUGUGUAUGAAAUCCGUGUUUCCAAUCUCUUCUCUCCCUGAUCGGUGACAGUCACUAGCUUGUCCUGAGCAGAUAUUUAAUUUUGCUAACACUCAGCUCUGCCCUUCCCUUAUCCCCACCACACAUUCCUUUGAAAUAAGGUUUCAAUAUACAUUUACAUACUAUAUAUAUAUUUGGCAACUUGUGUUUGUAUAUAAAUAUAUAUAUAUAUAUAUGUUUAUGUAUAUAUGUGAUUCUGAUAAAAUAGACAUUACUAUUCAUUUUUUAUAUGUAAAAACAAAACAAAAGAAAAAAUAGAGAAUUCUACAUACUAAAUCUCUCUCCUUUUUUAAUUUUAAUAUUUGUUAUCAUUUAUUUAUUGGUGCUACUGUUUAUCCGUAAUAAUUGUGGGGGAAAAAGAUAUUAACAUCACGUCUUUGUCUCUAGUGCAGUUUUCUGAGAUAUUCCGUAGUACAUAUUUAUUUUUAAACAACAACAAAGAAAUACAGAUAUAUCUUAAAGCAUUUUGUAUUAAAGAAUUUAAUUCUGACUUCAAA